AUGGAGAAAGACCCUGUCCAGGAGCGCCCCACUGAGAGUGUUAAGACUACCUCGAAUGUGUUCAAUUUGUUGUUAGACGAGAUCACAGCUCGCUGCAACAAACAGACCAAGGAGAUCAACAAAUGGCUUCAAUACACCAAGGACUUCAAAAAGACUAUUGCCGACAUGCUGCUGCAGGAGAAACUGAAGAAACAACGUGCUGAUACCAAAGCUAUGAGAUGGCCCAGGACCCCUAGGACUCCUAGGACUUUCAGAAUUCCCAGGACUCCGAGAACACCCAGAGCAUUGAGAACACCGAGAGCAUUUCAAUUUCCGAAUUAA